AUGUCGAACGCCGGCCCUUUGACGACCACCUUCACAGCGCCAUCAAGCUGUACGACAGCCACAGGCCUCUACCAGAUAUGGUCAGAAACGGAUAGGUACUAUUACGAGCAGGGCCCGCUUGGCAGCAGGACAGAGUGCUUUCCCAGUGGCUACGAUGCGUCGCCAUCUCAGUACUAUUCACCAGGUCUAUGUCCCAGCGGCUAUACGCCUGCCUGCUCCAGCACCGAUAUAGUCUCAAGCACGGCGACAGAGACAGCUUACACAUGUUGCCCCACGGCUGCUGCUUAUACAUGCGCGGGUACUGUAAAUGGCCUCGGCGCGUCUGAAACAUAUCUAGGAUGCACCACGACAUUCGAAGGGGAUAUCGUCAUCGCGCAAAUCACAGCUAUCUCUGAAGGGAGCACAAGCCUGAUACAGUCGACGACGGAGAGUUCAGGCGUGGGCAUAGGAGCGAACAGCGUAGCAGUGCGGUUCAGGUCGGGGGAUUUCAACAGCCAUGUUGCCACGACAACCUUGCCUUCUACUUCUGUGACACUGGCAGCUUCAGACACAGCCACGUUGUCGAUCACAUUUCCCACCAGCACGUCAGGUUCAGGAUCGACCACACACAGGGCCCUUAGCACCAAUCAAGCAAUCGGGAUAGGUGUCGGCUCGGCAGCUGCAGCUUUGAUUAUCGCCAUCUCGGCGUGGCUGUUUCUCUACCUUCGGCGGAGGAAGCAGAGGAUAAGAGCGCAGAUCGAGACGCCGAUCCCACCGCCCGCACCACCACCAAAAGACCGGAGAUUCCGGUCGCCACCGCCGAACCUCGACCUCAGUGGCAGUGGCGAUGGAAGCAUUGCGUCCAUGGCCCGGAGCGUGAAUGGGAAGAUGAUACGAGGUCCGUUCGAGCUGCAGUCGGACGGGAAGGAGAAGAAGCACCUGUAUGGGAUGUUUGGAGAAUACUAUAACAGCCAGAGCCGUGCUAGCACACCAAAAUCCAGCGACCCGCUGCGCUCGACCCCGAUGACGCCCUCGUUUUGGUCACCGCCAUCGAGCUUUGGGUUCCAACCAGCGGAGUUGGAAUCACCGCAGAGGAGUGUGACGUCUGCAGCAUCUGGUUAUAUCCACGGCCGUGCGGAACUCGCGUCUCCCUGA